AUCAAACGACGACUUCGUUUCACAGCGCCCUCCUUCCGUGUUGUGUUGCCUAGUCUUCCUUUGAAUUGAACCCAUCUCUUUCCCACUCUUGAAAGCCCUCUCUCUCUCUCUCUCUCUGUUUAAAGAUCUGGGCUUUUCUCUGAAGCAUUCAUCUUUUUUCCCACAUUGGUUGCGGUUUCAGGAUUCUUGAUCUCUGUACAGAUUUGAAAGUACCAUAUUUUUUAGUUCAUUAAGAUCCCUGAUCUUUAACCCGUCGAUAGUGUAACAAAUUGUGGAUAUCUGACAUUGAAGAUGUUUGGUUUAAAGAAGUCCCCGUUAAGGCCUGCUAAGCGCAACUCAGUCGACCCUCUAUAUCCUGCUUCCUCUGGCUCAAACCCAUUUGAUGACGAGCCUGCACAAGUCAGACAGAAUGAGAAGCAUUCACUAGUUGGACAGAAUGAGAAGCAUGCAAAUGAUAAGCAGACACUAUUUGGACAGAAUACUAGCACCAAUCCUUUUGAUGAUGGUCAAGGAAAAGAGAAUUCGUCUUCAUAUUCAUACAAGAGUACUUACGCAGAGAGAAACAAGUACAAGAAUGACUUCCGUGAUUCAGGAGGCUUGGAAAGUCAAUCAGUGGAAGAGUUAGAAAGUUAUGCAGUGUAUAAGGCCGAGGAGACUACAACCUCAGUCAACCAGUGCCUGAAGAUUGCUGAAGAUAUACGUGAGGAUGCUACCAAGACUUUGGCCAUGUUGCAUCACCAGGGUGAUCAAAUCACCAGGACCCACAUGGUUGCUGCUGACAUUGAACAGGAUCUCAGUCGGGGUGAAAAGCUUCUGGGGAGUCUUGGGGGCAUCUUCUCUAAGACUUGGAAACCAAAGAAAAACCGCACAAUAAGUGGUCCUGUCAUCGUGGCAGAUGCUGCAACCAAAAGGAGCAGCCACAUGGAAAGGGAGAAGCUGGGACUGACUCCCGCACCUAAGGGAUCAUCACAUUCACGAACACCACCUCCUGAACCCACCAAUGCCCUUCAGAAAGUUGAGGUUGAAAAGGCGAAGCAAGAUGAUGGUCUGUCAGAUUUAAGUAAUCUGUUGGGAGAGCUGAAGGAUAUGGCCGUUGACAUGGGGUCUGAAAUCGAUAGGCAUAACAAAGCUAUUGGUCAUAUGGAUGCUGAUGUUGAUGAGCUUCACUACCGUGUUAGAGGUGCUACUCAACGUGGUCGUCGCUUGCUCGGCAAGUAGAAUACAGGAUUUGUCCAUGGCCAGGCCUACACGAAAUUUAGCAAUACUCUGCCUGCCCUCCAUUUUUUACGAGUAAUGGAUUGUGGUCUUACUCGUGUAUCUGGAUUUUGUAUACAACUUUUGACAUCAUUGUUGGAUAAAGGCUACCUUCCCAUUAAAUAGGAAUGUGUUAUCAGUUACCAGUUA